GUCACUUCCUGGAGAAGUGACGGGUGCAGCAUUUAGCGGGAGAUCCUAAAGUCGGGGUGAGUCAUGUUCUCGGAUGUAGCUGAGCCGAAGGAGACUCUGCUGGCUCCUCCAGGGACGGAGAGGCCGGUCUUCUCCCGGGAUGAGCGCUCUUACAGCGGCUGCGGUGAGCCGUUCGGCCUGGGUGAGCGCAGCUUUCAGCGGCAGUACGCGCACAUGUACGCCGCCCGGCUGAUGCAGAUGCGGGGCAUCCUGAAGGAGAGAGCCGGGCAGAAGUGGGGUACCGAGGUGCCGGUCAGGAAGCUGUGUGACCUGCAGACGGGAGAGCACUGCAUUAUCGUCGGAACCUUAUUCAAACACAUGGAGCUCCAACCGUCCAUACUGAAGGAGAUCAGCGAGGAGCACAACCUGCUGCCCCAGCCUCCUCGUGCUAAAUACAUCAGCCAAUCAGACGAGCUUAUUUUGGAGGAUGAGCUGCAGAGGAUCAAACUGGAGGGCAAAAUGGAAACAUCAAAGUUUGUUACAGGCAGUGUGAUCGCGAUCCUGGGUGCGGAGAAGAAUGAUGGUAAAUUUACAGUGGAGGAUUACUGCCUGGCUGACCUUCCUCCACAAACACCCAGAGAGCCUCUGAACACAGACAGGUUUGUGCUCCUGGCGUCUGGUCUGGGAUUGGGCGGCAGCGGAGCAGACAGCAUGCUGGGAUUGCAGCUGUUGAUCGACAUGGUCACAGGUCACCUGGGUGAUCUGGGGGAGCAGAGCGGGGCAGCGUCCAUCUCACGGGUCCUGCUGGCUGGAAACCUCCUCAGUCAGAGCACACAGGACAAAGACUCCACCACCAAGGCAAAGUAUCUGACUAAGAAGACUCAGGCAGGCAGUGUGGAGGCCAUCAGGCUGCUGGAUGAGCUGCUAGUUCAGCUUGUGGCCUCUGUACCGGUGGAUGUGAUGCCAGGAGAGUUUGACCCCACUAACUACACUCUGCCCCAGCAGUCCCUGCACCGCUGCAUGUUCCCCCUCUCUGUGCCGUACCCCACCCUGCAGCUGGUCACCAAUCCCUACCAGGCCGUCAUGGACGGAGUCCGUUUUCUGGGCACCUCUGGGCAGAAUGUGAGCGACAUUGUCAAGUACAGCAGCAUGGACGAUCAUCUGGAGAUCCUGGAGAGCACCCUGCGUCUCCGUCACCUCGCACCUACUGCCCCCGACACGCUGGGUUGUUACCCGUUCUACCAGCAGGACCCGUUCAUUAUGAACGAGUGCCCUCAUGUGUACUUCAGUGGAAAUGCACCAGCGUACCAGUCCAAACGCGUUACAGGACCUGAAGGGCAGGACGUGCUGCUAGUAACUGUCCCAGAAUUCAGCAGCACACAGACGGCCUGUCUGGUGAACUUGCGCACUCUCGAGUGCGAGCCGGUCUGCUUCUCCUCCUUCUCCGCUCAGGACGACGAGGACGAGAUGAACAUCAGCCACUGAGCUCAUGUGUCAUCAUAGCCACACAAAACUUGAGUGAGAGCUUUAAACACUCCGGGUAAAAUAUGAUUUGGGUCAGAGUAGAAGUGUUUAUAAAGUCACUGUAUUUGUACCUGAGUUGAACUGUACUUCAAGGGAAAAUCCACCACUUUUCGAUAAUUUCUGCAUAUCUCAGAGGUUGAAAUGUAAACAAAGUCAUUCAGAGUGGCUUAAUGUGAAAUGGUUCCUGUCACCUCCUCUGUGAACCAUUUAAAUGACUUAAUU